GAUUGUUUAUGAUCAUCUCACCAUUCUCUGCGCUAUAUCUCAGCGAGUUCUUCACGCAAUCUUUACCGUCGAUCCAACUCCGGAUGAGUUCCAUCAAAUUCUGCUUUUAGUCAAGGGACUUGUACAGACCUUGGCGUCUUGGAGAAGUUGCUAAUAGUUUUAGUCAAGGGUGUAUUCCACCAAUUACUACUACAGUUACAGUUCUUUGCUUUCCGUUUGUAGAUCUGUGAUUUUGCUUUAAUAAAGACAAGAGUAAGCAUUCUGUAGAUUUGAAUUGGUAGCACAAAUAGAGAUUGAGAAGCCUCCUGUAGGAAAUAUAUAAGAGCUGCUUCUCUUGUGGUUUACCUAGCGUUCAAGAUGGCUGGUGUGAAACGAAGAAUUCAUAAUGAUUCAGAUAUCCUUGCUAUGCAUAAAGAAUUGGAUGAAGUCUCCUGCCCUAUCUGCAUAGACCACCCACAUAAUGCUGUUCUUCUACUUUGCAGCUCUCACCACAAGGGUUGCAAACCUUAUAUAUGUGACACAAGCCAUAGACAUUCAAAUUGCUUUGACCAAUUCAAAAAAUUUAGAGAAGAAACUAGGAAGAGUCCACGCCUAUCAAGUCCUUUACCUAUGAAUCCAUAUAGUUUUAGUAGUCCUCCUACAAACAACCUGGGUUUGAGCAUUGAUUUGAAUGAAGUUGAUGAAAACCAAAAUAUAAAUGGAAGAAACACUGCUGCAUCUCCUGGAUUAUCUGUUGUAGUUUUAGGGGAUAAUGGAACUGAAAAUUCUAAUAGAACUUUAGACACAACUGAGGGUGGAGAUUUAGACACUGCUGGUUCUGGGUUCCUAACUCAGAGGGCUGAGCAGGAAGGUCUGGAUGCUGGGAACUCAUCUGAGUACUCAAAUUUGAAGUGCCCCAUGUGCCGAGGAGCUGUGCUAGGCUGGGAAGUUAUAGAAGAAGCAAGAGAAUAUCUUAAUCUAAAGAAACGAAGUUGCUCCCGGGAGACUUGCUCAUUCUCUGGUAACUAUCAGGAACUGCGCAGGCAUGCGAGAAGAGUUCAUCCGACAUCGCGGCCUUCUGUGACAGACCCAUCUAGAGAACGGGCAUGGCGACGCUUGGAGCGCCAGAGAGAAGUGGGUGAUGUUGUCAGCGCUAUUCGCUCAGCCAUGCCUGGUGCCCUUGUGGUUGGCGACUAUGUCAUCGAAAAUGGAGAUGGUAUGGUGGCAGGUGAAAGAGACAAUGGCACCAGAGAUGUCAAUGGGCCAUUGCUGACUAGUUUCUUUCUGUUUCAUAUGUUUGGAUCGGUUGAUGGUGGUGCUCGAGAGCCUAGACCACGCUCAAGGUCGUCUUGGGUGAGGCGUCGACGCUCUGGAGGAGGAAUGAUCGUACCAGAGCGUCAAUUCCUUUGGGGUGAAAACCUUUUGGGAAUGCAAGAAGAUGUGGAUGAGGAUUUCCGAAUAUACAUCGGAAUGGGCGAUGAUGCAUCACCACCUACGAGAAGGCGGCGUGUAACAAGGCCUGGAUCUGAUGCAGAUCAACCAUGAGAGGAUCCCCUUCUUCUGUGGUAAACAUCUAUGACCUUGAGUUGAGGGAGAUUUGUUCCCAAUGGAGUGUGUUUCUUGUCGGUCUGAAUGCCUAAAAAGGUUCACUCUUAACCCCACAGGCAGGCAUCAUAGCAUCAAACCAUGUUGUGGGGUCGUGGGGGGGAACAUCAAGAAUUCACUUGGCCAUCGUCUUGAUGCAAAAUACCGACUCUGCAAUCCUUGCAUCAUUUUUAUUUGAAUUCAAGUUUAUUAUAUGAAUCAAAGUCUGUUUCUAAUCUUUGUAUAUAAUGGGAUUACGAUAUUUCAUUUGUUCAAUGGGUGUGAUGGUGGCUUUAUUAUAUAACCUGUCAAGUAGGCCUGCCUGCCUUAUUUAUUUAUGUGGUUACUGAAUCCUAUGAAUAUAUGCUUGGAAGAUUGCAUUUGU